UGACGAAAUUUCGGGCGUUGUACACCGCAUCUCAUUAACAAAAGAAGCAAUUUCAUUAGCUUUUAAAAAAAUAUAUAUAUAUUUAUAUCCCUGUAUCUCUCGUCUGUAAUUAUUUCCGGAAAUAUUUUAUGAUUGUUUUUCCUCCGCGUGUGAACUUCAAGCCCGGGUGUAUUAUUUUUUCGGUCUCGGCGGUUAUUUAAAAAGGCGGUGAAGGAGAAGAAGGCGCUCGCGCGGUCCGUCGCUCUUUGUUCGCUCGCUCGCGCGUUCAUUCAUUCGGGGUUUCUUUGUUGCGCGUGAUUUUUUCUGGGGGGUCCAAGCAUGGGAGCUCAAGUGGCUAAAAACGGUGCAAAAGAGGAAACCGCUGCAGAAAAAGCAAACGGACAGGAAAACGGACACGCUAAGACAAACGGCAAUGCCUCCCCUACAGCAGACGGAGCCGCCGAGGAGGUCCAGGCCAACGGCAAACACUCCCCCGACGGCGAGGUGAAGGCUGAAGACGGAGCAGCCGAGAAGGCGACGGAGGAAGGCGGUGCCGAAAACGCUCCGGUAGCCAACGGCGAGGACGCGAGCAAACCCGAAGAGAACGGCUCUGCGUCAGGCAGCGGCGAGGCUACCAAGCAGAAGAAGCGAUUUUCCUUUAAAAAGCCGUUCAAACUCAGCGGCUUCUCCUUUAAGAAGAGCGCCAAGAAGGAAGCCGAGACGGAGGAGGCGGCCGCUCCAGCCGAGGAAGGCAAAGAUAAAGCCGAAUCCGAGGAGGCCAAGCCGGAGGCAUCCGGAGGAGAAGAGAAGGAAGAAGCAGCCGAGGGCGCCAAAGCUGAUCAGCCAAGCGCAGACGAGGAGAAAAAGACGAGCGAAGAGCAAAAGCCCGAGACGCCAGCAGAAGAGAAACCGGCUGAAGCUUCAGCCGAAGAGCCCGCCCCGGCACCAGCCGAGAGCUCAGAUGCUCAACCCGCUGCUGCUGAAGAGUAACCAGGCUCACCGGUGCGUGCUAGGAAAGUGGUGCUACCAAAAGGCAGACGAGGCGUGUAGAUGAGUCCGAUGACGGUCCGUUUUUACGCGACCCGUGAGCCGUUCAGAACGGGUGCUCCGUUAUAACACCAGCGGCACCGCUCAAAUCCGGCAGCACCGCGUGCUUGUAUAGGCUUCGUCGUGUCUCUAAUCUUUUUUUAAAACUUUUUUUCAGUCCUCUAGGUGAAGUCUGACCCUCUUCUAACCCUGCUGUAGAUCCAACAUGUUGACCUGUGAUGACUAAUACAGUUAGUUUUUUUUUUUUCUUUCUUUUUUUCUUGCAAUGCUGUGCAAGUAUAUAUACACAAGUUGCCAGUGCAAUCAAAUAGAUUACAGUUUGCUGUAAAUACUCAAGGUCUGACACUACCUGGUUUUUAAACGGAAUGUAACUUUGCGUACAGAAGUAUGGAUUUGACUUCAACGGGCUCAAAAAAAAAAAAAAAACACAAAUAAAGGAUUAAAAUUGAA